AUGAGGCUGGUGUCAGGACUGUGCAGAGCCCUGCUGUGGCGCAGGGCCCGGGGCAAUAGCCUGGCACUGCCACCUGAGGCCAAGCCCCAGCCGGAGUGGCUGCGCGAGGUGCGGCUAUUUGGGCGCAGCCUCCUUGGCCUCCUCCUGGGCCUGCUUUUGGCAAGUGCCUAUGGGCUGAUGGCGCUGCUGGUGCACAGGCACGACAUCUGGUACUGCCUGACCAUCACCCUCUUCCUGGGCUCGGUGCUGGGGCUGGGCAUGGCCUUCUCUGUGAAGAUGAGGAUGAUCAUGCUGCUGGCGUUGCCCCACGUCUUCACCAGGGAAGGGAAGAUCCUGGUUAUGGUGUUGGCAGUGUGCCUGACCAUGCAGGGCCCCGGCACCAACGUCCUGCACAACAUCGCCCAGAUCUCCGACACGCUGUCGUGCGGGGCUGAACUGGCCUUUUUGAGGGCGGCGUACCGGGCCAAGGAGCCGCUGCUGAACUUGCAGAACAAAAUCAAGGACCUUUCCCAGAACGCCAAGGUGGUGUGUGACCGCGUUCGCCAGUUCUUCAGCGCCAUCACGGACUCCGUCAGAAUCGGGAGCAUCUGCAACCGGGAGCUGGGCUCGCCCUACACCCGCUGCGUGCGCUCCCUAGAUAAGUCCAAGGAGGACUGCGAGCGUUCCAUCCCCUUCUUCUACCACCUCUGCUACAUCGUCCUCGCCGUCAAGCCCAUGUGCAGCGUGGCUGACAGCAUUGCCUCCAUCUUCUGCAUCAUCCCACAGUACAUCCAGACCUUCGUUCACAGUAAUGUCGUGAAGCCUCUCUCCCUGAUGCCCAGCACCGUGUGGCCUCUUGUCACCUCUGCAGCCCUCACCGAUGCUCUGGAUCGCGUCCGCGAGGAGUUUGUGUUCAACAUCUCGGUCGUACACCAUUACGACGUGAACAUCACCGCCAGCAAAAGCCUGUCAGAGGUGUCCCAGGACAUGAUGCAGGGCGUGCACGAGUACCUGGACCCCAUCCACCGCGGCCUGGAGCUCUUGUCCUACGUCUCCUUCUUGCUCUUCCUCUUCUUGUGCUACCAGGCCGUACGGUACCAGCGCCGCUACAUGUGGGAUGACACUUUUGACAACGUUUACAUCACGAAGCGCUUCGUGGAGUUGGACCUGCGGCGUGCGGAGCAGGGCAGGAACACCGUGCUGCCCCUGACGGCGUGGGAGAGGGGUCGCUACAUCCCCCCAGGUGCGCCGUGGCUGUCCAAGAAGGAGCGGCGCCUGUAUGUACUGCAGCUGUUGCAGUUCCUGCGUCACAUGCUGCUGGGGCUCAGCAUCAUCCUGGCUGACUAUGGCAUCUUCUGGCUGCUUGGCUUGUUCCAGAACCAGCUGAGCGGGGAGAUCACUGCCAAAGCACCGCUGACGAUGAACAUCAGUGUCAGUGGGACAGGCUUCACCAGCGAGAUACUCGAUGAUCUGGUCUCUGCCUUCAACACGCUGCAGCAGGGUGAAGUCUCGGUGCUGUCCCAGCGCUGCCUCAUCCAGCCCAUGGAGCCUGACCACGGGACCUACCUCGCCAUCGGUGUCCUGUACGGCCUCUGGCUCUUCAUCACCAUCUGUGGCUGCUACCUGGCACGUCUGCGCCAGUUCGUGUGCGCCACCUUCCACCCGUUCCGUGAGGAGGAACGCAUGGCCUUCCUCCACAACCUCAUCCUGGCACGGCGCGAGGGGCUGGCGCGCGCCCUGCGCCAAGCUGGCGCACGGAGCACGGCCGACGCUGGGAGAAACAAGGUCUUCGUCAUGCUCAUCUCCAGGUACCCUACCCUCGCCCGCCUCGCUCGCUUCUUGGGCAUCAAGAGCAAACAAUGCCUGACCUGUGGGACGGCAGAGCAGCCAGGUUUCACCGCCUGCUUCACACCUGGCUGCAAAGGGUUGUAUUGCAGCGACUGCUACAAAACCCUGAACGACACCUGCUGCGUGUGCAUGGUCCCCCUGAGCUCCCGGGACUCCGACGAUGACGAGAUAGCAGCUGCCUGGCUGAAAACCCGGCUGGACAAGGAGGAGAGGUUGGAGAGCAAUGAAGCCAACAGCAAGGUUCACUACAAGGAGCGGGCUGAGAUGAGGGACAGCGAUCUGGAGGAGGUGGUGGUCGAGCAGCCACCCACUGACACAGAGAUAAGUGGGAGGCAGAAACCCCCCAACACAACCCUGAAGCGAGUGGCGGUCUCGGUGCUGCCUGCCCCGUGCCAUCGGUUCUUCUGGAGCAAACCGGACCAGUACCGCUGCAGCAAGAUCCUCCUGGGCGCUGGAUUUGGGUUCCUCCUUGCCCUCG